GUCACCUUUCAAAUAAGUGAAAAGCAACAUCAUAAACUACAGAGUGGUUGAUCAUGAAUUGUAAUAAUUCGGAUGAAAUAUAAAGACUGUAACACUUGAAUCUGAAAACCAAUUCUUAUUUCCAAUGAAAGAACACAGUUUCAACCAAAAUUCACGGCAAAACGAAACAAAUUCAAAACUUUGGCAUCAGAAAAUUAUAAAAGUUUACCCUAUACAUAAUGUAAGAAACGAAGUAUUUAGAAAAGCAAAUAAAUCUUCAAAACUGGGUCAUAUCGUCUCGAAUAAAAUUCUGAAGAAAUCAUCAGUUUUUGCCAUUUCGCAGAUUGGAAGAGCAAAUACGCAUGUUCACAAAGUAAUUUGGUUCCUGAUUCUUUUAAUAAGUUUAAUUGGCUGCGUCUAUAAAACUCAAGAAUAUUUUUCGAUUUUCUUCACUUACCCAGUGGUGGUUUCACUUCAAGAACCCCAACAGCGAAUACUAAACUUUCCAGCUGUUACAGUUUGUAACUUAAAUCGAAUGAAAUUAAUGUAUGAAAAUUGCGUUAAUACUGAUAUUUUGGAAAAAGGAUGUCAACCCCCAAGACCUAUCUUGUCACGUUCAUUAACAAUAUCGGAACGCCGUAGCCUUCUAUCAUGUUCUGGGGCAGUUAGCAAAAAUUAUAGCACAGAAACAAGCCAAAAGCUAGAUUUCCUUGCCAAAUAUAUGAAAAUGGAUAGCAAAAAUCGCCAAUUUGUUGGACAUAAAGCUCAAGAUAUAAUCAAAUAUUGCUCUUUUGAAACGCAAGCAUGCUCCUUUCAAGAUUUUGUCCAUUUUCAGAAUUUGAGGUAUGGUAAUUGUUUCACAUUCAACAAAGCAACUCAGAACAUCACAAACCUUUUACAGUCAACAAAAAUUGGAUACAAAACUGGCUUAGAGCUGCUGUUAGCUUCAGAAUUAGAACAUUACAUGCGUGCCUCUCCAACCAUUGGAAUGAGAGUUUCAAUCCAUGAUGCUUUGCAAAUACCUGUUCCAGAAGAGUAUGGAGUAGAUGUUAGUCCAGGUUUCGAGACCUCCAUUGCUAUUAAACAAAUGGUUAUUCAACGUCUACCAGCACCAUAUCGUGAUAAGUGUAUAGAUUACACAACUCGCACCAAUCAAAGUAAUGAAGAAGAAUGCAUGAGGCUAUGCGUACAAGAACAUAGCUAUAAAAUAUGCGGUUGUCUGGAUCCAACAAUACCAUCAAUGCUUAACGAAGAACAUUGUGAUAUGAAAAACGAAGAUAAUGUGUGCUGCUUGGAUAAUGUUCAAGACCGUAUCACCCAAAAUAAUUUAUCUUGCAAUUGCCCAUUAUCAUGCUAUUCAGUGCUUUAUGAGAAAGAGAUUUCAAGAGCUCUUUUACCUACUGAACCGUAUAAUUACACUGGUGACGUAAAUAAGAAUUCUAAAAUGAAGUAUGUCCGAAUAAAAGUGUUUUAUUCUAGUUUGGUGCAGGAAAUAUACACCCAGCUUCCGAUGUUUGAAAGAUCUGAAAUUUUCAGCAAUUUAGGUGGAGAGCUGUCCUUGUGGCUCGGUCUUUCUUUGUUAGCUUUGUUUGAAUUUAUAGAAACGGUAAUUUAUUUUUUAAAUAUAUGCAGUAGAACCUAUAAAAAUAAUUAAAUUAUACUUUUUUAGGAAUCUUAGUCAUAAAGAUACCACUUAUCUCAAAAACGACCGAUCAUUUGUUCUUCAACAAUCGACACUUCUGACUCAAAACGUUAUACAACAAAUGCCUUCUGAUCCAUAUCAGAUUAGUUGCCUACAAAUUGCGCGAACGUCUUAGUUUUAUGUCAAGUGGCUUAGCAAUGUUUUAUAGGUUUUCAGAACCAUCUGUUGACGCACUUUGUAACUAAUUUCGGAAAUAAAAAUAUUUUUUUCGUUUGA